AUGACUAUGAAUGAAAUUAGUAUGGAUACAUCGCUAUUCAAUUCUUCGAUAAUACAAUCACAGGAUCUUUACUUCGAAAAUUAUGAUUAUCACGUUCAAUUGAUUAAUAAUCAAACAUUCUCAUUUAUAUCAUUUCAUAAUCCCUGGAUCUUUCCUCUAUUUAUUCUCUCGGUCUUAGGUAUCUUAAUAACCAUUAUUAUUUUAUUCAUAUUUUUAUGUAUUUCGAUUCGACAUUUGAACCAUCAUCUCGUCCUAACAAACAUAUUUAUUUGUCUCAGUGUUUGUUUCAUCUAUCUUAUUGUCAUCUUUUUCCUAUUACGCGGUAAUGAAAUCCUCUGCAGUUUGAGAGAAUUUCUUUCUCAAUUAGCAUAUGCUCUACUCUAUUCAGCGCUAUUAUGCCGUUAUAUAAUGCAAUGGUUAGCUGCAAGAAUCCUAUCGACUAGGACCAAACAAAUGACAGCUCUCAUGAUCUAUUUUCUACUGGUGUUAGUACAAAUACCCAUCGGUAUACUUUGGUGGUAUUUCACCUCUCCACGUGCUUGUCCGCAUCAAACAAUGGAAGAAUAUCCGACAGUGAAGUUUUCAUUGAGAAAAUAUUUACUGUCAAGAUCGAAAAUCAAGUCAUGUUCACUUCAAUGCAUUGUCGAUUAUCGAUUUUACGCGACAUAUACCUAUGCAAUAGUGGAGCUAUUGUUAUGUACCAUGAUCGCGAUAUGUCUGUUCCUUUGCCGACAUUGUCAUCGAAAUGAUAUUCAUAAAGAACAGUCGUCAAGAAAAUAUAAGAGCAAAACAUCAUUGACCUGUUUCAAUAUGUUCGCUUUUGUUCUAAUUGAUAUUACAUGGUUGUUGUGGACAUUUAUGUACCAUUCUACCCAUCCGUCGCUUGCAUUUCCAAUAUUAAUCGUUGGUAUGUUUACAAUUGCGACGAUAUGUCUAUUCUUCAUGUUAAUCCCUCAAAUUUACUUCUAUUCGAAAGUGAAUUUAAACGAUAUUAGUAUUACUCAAACAACUCUGUUCAGUAAUAAAUUAGCAUCGAUCGAAGUGACGAAAGAUGACGAAUCACUUCUUCAAGAUAAGAGCAAUGAUCGAAUGGAUACAAAUAAACUACAGACAUUGUCAAACGAGAGCGAAACGUCGUAUGAAUUGGGUACUAGUGGAACAUUCCUACCUAUUACACGAACACCUCGAGGACCAUUCAAAGUUCGAAAUGCUGAAAAGACAAGUCCAACUGAAAUCAUCGAUGUCCCAGCUGAAAAACACCAUUCAGAUGCCAUAUAUACAUCGAACAACCAAAAUGAUCUCAAUCAGAAUGACAUGAUGAUAAAUGCUCCCGUUUAUCAAUCGGAACACCGUCUAAAAGUGCCUUCAAUUUCAUUACAUCGUCAGUCAACUUCCAGUAGUGCAUCGUCUAUGUUACUCAAUCCCGCGAUGGGACAUGAUUAUUUUACUCGGUAUCAUGCGAAUAUACAUCCACCAUCUACUUCUUCGAUGUACUACUCGUCCUACAUGCCUUCACAUCCCGAUGAAUCAAUCAUACCAAUUUUAUGUAGUUCACAAAACUACCAAACAACGCCUGUUAAAAUGCGUAUACUUGUCAAAUCACCGCCACUAUCAGUACCGAAAGCUCAUCGCGUUCGUUCCGGUACUGAUCAUCGAUACGCUCAAUAUCCAUAUCCACAUAGACCUCCUUCUCGGUUGCCUUUACCACCAGCCACGCCUUCAUUCUAUUCCUCAGCAGCACAACAGCAACAGCAACAGCAACAGUACUACGUCGUUGAUCCUUACCGAGUAGCAUCACCGUCCUAUUCAAAUUCUUACGGAUGCUAUUCAAACACGCCAACAUCGAAUCGCUAUCCGUACAUCUACCGUCGAUAUCCCGUCGAUCAUCGCUCGUUAGCUCAACGUCUAUGGGAUAUUGAUAGUGGCGAUGAUGAGGAUGAAAUUGCCGUUCAUGGUGAACAUCGGUAUAGUCGUGCUACUCCCACAUAUGAGCGUUUGAAAGAUUUUCGUUCAAGUCAAACUGAAAAUGAUGAUCAAACGAUAUUACCUAUUGAUGCUGACGAAGAAGAGGAAGAGUCAUAUAAUAAAAAACGAUUGAUGUACAAAUGA